AUGAUGAAGGAUGAAAAACACAUUCCCACCGUGUACUACGGAGUUUAUACUCCAAACGAGAAAGGGCGAGUGUUUGAAGAUAAGUUGGAAGCUUUGAAAGCAGUGAAAAAGAACAAGAAAUCCAGGUUCAAAGCCUUCAGCUUCUAUCAUGAUGCGGCAACUUUCUGUCUCAAUGGUUCAGAAUGCCCAAAUAACAACACAGUAAAUGGAUCCCUGUUGAAUAAAGCUUCCACAGAAUCUUCACAGGCUGUAGGUGAGAAGGCUAGUCCAUUCAAGGGCCCCAGACCUCAAGAACUGGUGGAACUACGAAAAGCAAUUGAGACUGGGAAUAUUCAGUUUGUGAAGGACACUAUUUGGCAAAAUCCUAGAUAUUUGGUAAGCAGUGGUGAUACCCCUUCUAUUCUGCAAGAAGGUUCACGUUAUAAUGCUCUACAUGUGGCUGCCAAGUCUAGGAAUGCAGAGAUUACAGAACUGAUUUUGAACACAAUUUGUGAUACUGAGUUUGUUAAACUUCUCUAUGGAGAUGAUAACCAGGAAAAUGCUGAAGAUAGGACUGCAGUGUUGCUGGAUUUGUAUUUGAAUAUGCCAAACAAGGGGCUCAAUGAGACCCCACUACAUUUUGCAUCAAAACAUGGUGCUGCAGAUGUUGUAGAGAUUUUAGUUUCAUACCCACAAUGUGAUAAGACUCUGAAGAACAAAUUUUAUAAAACAGCUGACCAGAUUAUUUGUGAACGUGCUGAUUGUGAAAAUAUCCCAGCAAUUAGAAGAAAAAUUGAUUUGUUGCUGAAAGAUAGUUAUUAUGUCCCAGUUUUGAGGGCUGAAGACAACAGCAUGCCUCCCAUCAUAGGGGAACCUUUUUCACCUUCUAGUCCACCUGUUCUCAAUGGCAACCCUCUGUCCCCAAGACUGGAAAUUCAUGCGUAUGCGGGUCCGAUGGAGAAGAAAAACGCCCACGUUUUCCGAAGGAAAUGGAAAACCCCUCCGCGCUCUCUGACCUUCGCUUCUCCCACCAAGAACAGCCCCAAACGUGAUGUCAUCAGCGUGUCCGCUCUGCGGUUCAAAGACCCCCAGAAAGGACUGGAGCGUAUUGGAAACAAGUUGGCGAACGAGUUUGACGUGAAUUGGAAGGAAUACUGGCCCUUUCUGGGUAGCUUCCUCGACAUAGCUUCGGAAGAGGGUUUAGACUCGCUGGAAUCGUACUUGGCAUCGCGAUGUGCCACCCCAGAUACCUCGAAAACCACCCCCAACCCUCCACAGACAAAAUUCGACGAAUCUUUGACUUUGAGCCCCGUCGCGAAUUUGUGCGCCGCCUUCUCGGCGUGCCGAUUGAGCGAUAGAUCGAGCGACAGAUCUAGCGACAGAUUGAGCGACGACAGGAAGAAUGAGGUCGAUUCGAUUAAUUACAUCGAUAAGGCGUGCCAGGUAUUUGCCAAUAGGAUUUCCAAUGAUGUGCAGCUGUAUUCUGGGGAGGAUGUUGUGCAGGUCCUGGAAACGGAAAUCAAGCAACUGGAACUCCUCAUGACCUCCUACAUGGACGACCCAAGAUUCCUCGACAUCGACUUCCAGAAAAUCCACUCGCGCCUGGCGCUCAUGAUCGCCCGCAAACUCCACCUCCAACCCUGCCUCCUCCCCGAACUCGACCGCACUCUCGACCUCCUCACCGCCAGCGUCGACUGUUUCUCCUCCGACGACGAAAUGCGCGACCCGCGAAAACCCAACUUGAAACCGACCGUACGCCGCAAACAGCUGGUCUGCCUGUUGCGUUACCUCCUCAACGCGCUCACCCUGUACGGCGCAGGUCAGUGGGCGGGGCUUGUGGAUUGGGCGGAGGCGGAGGCGUGCUCUUGCAUGUUUCACGUGCGCAGAGCGAAGCGGAAUAGUUUGUCGCGCAGCGGGAGUUUCAAGGGGGGGAUGAAGGUUUCGGGGAAGAUGGACGUGGAGGGAGGAGUGGGGAGGAGGCUGUGCUUCGAUGACGACGUCGGCGAUGGGGGUAGAGUUCCGAACGGAUAUAACUUGGACUACAGCAUGAACCGUAUAGAAAUAGAUUCUGACGAUAGCGACAUUGACGAAGAGAAAUUCUACACGCCCCCUACCAGUCCUAGUUUCAUUUCAGAGGACGAGUCCGAUUCCGAAGACGAAUUCAACGAUACCGAACCUCCGAAGCAGGAAAUGUUCAUCGAGGGGGACUUCCCUACGAAAAUUGACUGUGAAGUUUUCAACGCCCUGUGUUAUGCCGACGUUAAUUUAGAUAGUAAGAAGCAUCCUAACAUUUACAAAUGGCAUCAUACCGUCAGCUUAUAUUCCAAUGAAGAAAGAGAAAGUUGGCCCACCCUGAAAGAUGGGUACUGUGCCAAACCCUGCCACAAUUCCAGCCUGGACGGUUCGUUUCCGGUGAAUUCGCCGAGAACGAGCACCCCUGCCAAACCGUGGCUACGGAUCACGGGUGCAAAUUCGCCCAAAGCUGUCUUCAAAUCCCGCAGCAUGCAUUUGUAAGAACAGCCUUGAUAAUCUCAGUAGGAUACCCGGCUGCUAA